CUCAAAAACUGUCUGCGGAGAGGGGUGUGGAAAGACAGAUCGAGGAAUAUAAGAAUGAAAAUGAAAAUGCAAUUCUCAAUGGGCUUCCUACUUAUUUCUUGUUGUGCAGCAGUUUUGCAGCCUCAUUCCACACAAAGGAAGAAAACAUCAUUCGAAGUGCUGAUCAAAAAUCAAGGCAAAAUGUUUAAAGAGGUUGUGGAAAUCGAUGUUAAACGGAAAACGGAAACAUUUCAUGUUCCAUUUCAAGGUAACCUCGAAGCAGCGGAAAUCAUUCACGAUUUCCGUCAGAAAUUGAUGAUGAUCAGCUUACCACAGAAGCAACUGUGCUUUUUAUCAAAGCUGACUGACAAAGUGCCACGCCCUUCCAGGAUGGCCAAAGCCUUUAGAAAGGUAACAUUGGAUCAUAAGGAAUUUCCACUGGAGAGAUUGACAAUUACCAUGGAAACUAAGGAGUUGAUAUAUGACGUGAGUGGUCUUACCAAUGCUAUGAAGAAAAUGUGUGAUGGUUUUCCUAUAUACCACAGUGAGCCAACUAAAGAUACCAUUUUCAUCACAGAAGUAAAUGAUGAAGGCAAGAUUUCAGGAGACAAUGGAAAUCCUGUUCGUCGAGGUUCUUGCUCCGGUUCUGUUUGUUACGACAAUCAACACUGUUACUUGACCUGUGCUUCAUCAACAUGCCUGGUGUGUACAGAAAUACAAACUUGCUUGCCUAUUGAUUGUUAAGUAUCACUUCAGUUUAAACACGUCAAAACCCAGCUGUCAAUUUUAAUAAAGUGAUAAAGGUUUCAAAAAGAUAAAGGUUUCAAUAAAGUGAUUAAGGUUUCAAAAAGACGAAAGUUUAUGAGUUCUGAUGCAAAAUGUAUGAUUUUGUCAAAACUAAGAAACUUUUUAGUCAAUAAAUAACUUACAAAUAUCACAUUA